AUGGCUGCUCUCUUUCCAUCCUUCCGCUGCAUCUUCACAAGAUUACGGCCAACUUCCUCAAUCCCCACCAUAGCCUCCUCCUUCUUCUUCACUAAAUUCACAAUCCCACUUUCCAAAUCUGUGUCUUUUUGCCUCUCUCCCCUUUCUACUGCCUCCUGCUCCUCCUCUUCCCCUGCACUCCAUGUUACUACUCACCCAGAAACAACCCUGAUUUUAAAUGCGGAUGAGAGGUUUUUAGGGGAUGGGUUUGGUGGCUUUGGCUCUGUUCAGGAGCCUGCUGGGGAUUCGUCCACCAUAGCUGCCAUUGUUACUUCUUUGGGUGGUCCUGCUGCUGCUGUAGGAAUCGUUAGGUUAUCAGGUCCCUCUGCUGUGGCUAUUGUUGGGCGUUUGUUUCGUCCAAGUUCAAAGAAAAGGAAGACGAGUUCAACAUGGAAGCCUAAGAGCCAUUUUGUACAGCAUGGUGAGGUAUUGGACUCUCAAGGGAAUGUUAUUGAUGAGGUUUUAGUGCUUCCAAUGCUGGCUCCAAAAUCCUAUACUCGAGAAGAUGUGGUUGAACUUCAAUGUCAUGGAAGUGAAGUUUGUCUUCGUCGUGUUUUAAAGGCCUGUCUUGAAUCGGGUGCAAAGCUUGCAGAACCAGGGGAGUUCACACUCCGAGCUUUUCUGAAUGGUCGAUUAGAUCUUUCUCAGGCUGAAAACGUGGGGAAACUUAUAUCUGCUAAGUCAGGGGCUGCUGCUGAUUCUGCAUUGGCUGGAAUACAGGGAGGGUUCGCCUCUAUGGUCAGAAACUUAAGAAGAGAUUGCAUUGAGUUGCUAACGGAUAUUGAAGCUCGUUUAGAUUUUGAGGAUGAGAUGCCACCACUAGACAUUAAUUACAUUAUAAACAAAAUACACAUCAUGUUGCAAGAUGUGGAAAGUGCAUUGGAGACUGCUAAUUAUGACAAACUUCUGCAAUCUGGACUACAGAUUGCAAUCAUCGGUAGACCAAAUGUUGGAAAAUCAAGUCUGCUAAAUGCUUGGAGCAAAAGUGACAGAGCUAUAGUUACGGAUAUUGCUGGCACAACACGGGAUGUGGUAGAAACCAGUAUAUCAGUUCGUGGGAUACCUAUCACCCUUCUUGAUACAGCAGGUAUCAGGGAAACUGAUGACAUAGUGGAGAAAAUUGGUGUAGAAAGAUCAGAAGCUGUCGCCGUUAGUGCUGAUGUGGUUAUCAUGACAGUAAGUGCUCCAGAUGGGUGGACUACAGAGGAUGCCAAUCUUCUGGAGAGGAUUCAAAGUAACAAGAGUGCAUCAGGAUCUACCUCCCCGAUUGUUUUGGUGAUCAACAAAAUUGAUUGUGCUGAAUCCGCCUCCCACAAAUGGGACACAGCCUACCCUUUCCAUAAGCUUAUCUACACCUGUGCUGUCACAGGCCAAGGCUUACCUGAUCUAGAGGCUGCCAUCUCAGAAAUCAUUGGCCUUGAUACUCUUCCAUCUGGAGGACGCAGAUGGACUGUGAACCAGAGACAAUUCGAACAGCUGGUUCGAACAAAGGAUGCUCUCAUGAGAUUGAAGUCAUCAGUAGAGGAGGAAGUGCCGCUGGACUUCUGGACCAUUGAUUUAAGAGAAGCUGCUUUGGCCCUUGGACAGAUAAGUGGUGAAGAUAUUUCUGAAGAAGUUCUGUCCAACAUAUUUGGGAAAUUUUGUAUUGGGAAAUAG